AUGUCCCGAUGCUUGAAGGAGAAACUUGAAGAACUCGAGAAAGACAACAAGAAGCUUUCGGGGCUCUUCAAGGGGGUUAAGAAGCGACUGCAUGAGUUCCUCGAGAACAAUCUGAGGCUCUAUGAUCGACAGUUCCAUCCUCCGGCCGCUUUCGAACGCAAGACGAAGAAGCAGGCAUUGGUAGUAACUGCCCAGGACCUCAUCAAGCUCGGAUGUUUCGAAUCUCCGUCGGUAUUGGGACACGCCAUCGUGGCUGAUCUCGAUGAGAGAGAAGAGCCGGAUGUCAAAGAACGCGAGGACCUGUUUUCGGUCGGUUUUCUGGGACUCACCGAACUCCGCAACCAAAUCUACGACCACUUCGCCAUGUAA